GCUAACCGGGAGGAAUAAUGCUGUAUCCUCCGUUACUUUGCAGCAGAGUUACAGUCUGACAAGAGAGAGGAGCAGAGGGUCCGAACAGCUGACCACAUCGCGUAAACCUGAUCCUCGGGUGAUGGAAAAACUGGAGAUCUUUUUAUUCACAUUCCUGGUCUCUCACUACCUCUGGAACAUCGCCUUCGUCUCGUGGCUUUUCACCACCUUUACACCCACAGAUUUCACCAACUAUGGAUUGCCUAAUUGAAGUUGGGCCACCUGAUCCUGUUUACGCGAGGACAACCGACCAAAAUUAGAGAAAGAAGUCGUUAUGGACUGUUGUGCAAGCCGUGCAUUUCCCGGUCAGAGAACUGGUGUCAAAAGCAGAAUUUCCCCAGGAUAUCACAUCUAUUUGCGCGUAAAGGACAUGGACACAACGGUUCCGUUCAACGCUGCCUGAAACACUCUGCGCUAUGUUUUAGUAAUUAUGGGGAAAAGCUGUAGUUAGAGUAGAGGCUGUGCUUGUGCGGCUGUUUGCUUUCCGCUGGCUUUGAUGUGAGAGUAGCGGCCAGCUUUUAUUGCGCGCAUACCAAUUGAGCGCUGCAGUUUAGCCGCUUCGUUACCACCGGAUAUCCACUGCAUCAGGACCUGCUAUCUAUUUAACAGGCAAUAGGCCUCUCUGACCACAGUGAAGUCCCGCAGUUUGAACUUUAAACACAGCCGAGGAAGUUUUUUUUUUAGAGCUGUCUCCAAGUGCACCUGCGUGGCAGAACUAAACCAUGGCUUUACCAGAUAGUGGCAUGUCUGGGGAUGAGGUACCCUUCCCAGAGAUUAUAGAGCUCAAUGUAGGCGGACAGGUGUACAUAACCCGCUUCUCUACCCUCACAAGUGUGCCAGACUCCCUGCUUUGGGAGAUGUUCAGUCGAAAGUCAGCCAAAGGACUGGCCAGGGACACCAAGGGGCGCUUCUUUGUGGAUCGUGAUGGUUUCCUGUUCCGUUACAUCCUGGACUACAUGCGGGAUCAGCAGCUGGUACUUCCUGACCACUUUCCUGAGCGAGGGCGACUGCAGAGGGAGGCUGAGUUCUUCAACCUGCCUGAGCUAGUCAAGCUGCUUGCGCCCAAAAUCAGUAAGCAGAACUCCCUGGGUGACGAGGGUUGUCAGAGUGACCCGGAGGACUCCUCACCCGGGAUUGACACGGCCCGUAACCUUGGCUCCCUGGGGGCUGCCGCCGCCGCCUGUGCCAGCCUCGUGCCCGGUGCAAUGGAUGGCAAACGGUCCGGGUUCAUCACAAUUGGCUAUCGAGGCUCGUACACUCUGGGCCGUGACAGCCACACCGAUGCCAAAUUCCGCCGGGUGGCACGGAUCAUGGUGUGUGGAAAGACCUCCCUGGCCAAAGAGGUGUUUGGGGAGACGCUGAACGAGAGCCGCGACCCAGACCGCCCCCCUGAGCGCUACACAUCCCGCUACUAUCUCAAGUUCACCUUUCUGGAGCAGGCGUUUGACAAGCUGGCCGACGCAGGCUUCCACAUGGUGGCCUGUAAUUCCACAGGAACCUGCGCCUUUGCCCAUGAGCAGACGGACGACAAGAUCUGGACCAGCUACACUGAAUAUGUGUUCUACCGUGAGUGAGACUAUCGGCUUUGUUCCCCCCCGGUCCCCCCAACCCUGUCUCCAAAUGCCCCCUCUCCAGCCUCCAGCCAUCCUGUCUUUCUCUCUCUGAUGGCUCCUGCACCAGUAGAUGUACCGUAGAUGUUGUGCCCCUCCAUCUCUCUCUGCAGCCUCCAGCUUUUAUCCUGUGAACAGUGCCCAGCAGCUGCUCUGACUCUUCAUACCUCUUCUGCAGGUUGAAUCUACAGCACUCCCCUCUCAACCCCAGAUCCAUUCUCCUCAUCCUUAGGUCCAGCUUUUGCCCCCGCUUAAGCCGCUGUUCCAUCUAGUUGUAGUCCCCAGUCCUUGACCACAGCAACCCUACCGCCUUUCCUGCAGAGACUGAUACCCUCUAUGUACUAUUUCCCUUUUGUACUCUAUAUAUUGCAUCUGCCUUGGUGAAGCACAAUGUAUCCAAGAGCUAAUUUUGUUAAAUGAGAGCCCCCAGUGUGUCUAUAUGACUAUUCAAGUUGUCAUAAGGGCAUAAAAGAAAGGGCUUCAAAGAGUGGCCGUGAUGUACAGUGCUAUACUUUGCCUGCUUACUCGAGCAGAUCGGACUCUGUCCUGCUCCUCUGAACUAAAUUACCAAAUAAUUGGACAUCUUAUCAGCCUUGAGGGACGUGAGCAGCCCCAGCACAAGAAAGAAGUGCAACACAAAAAUCUCAUUUUCUUCAGUUUUUAUUAAAAUGUGUCCAGUACCAUGUGGUUGGGAAUGUGCCAUAGAUCAUCUGUUCAGUUGUUGUUAUGAAUGAAAGGGGGUUUAGUUAAAACCUCUGCUUGUUAGAAUAAUAUAGUCACAUGGACAGGAAAAAAAAAAAGCAUUGAACUUUUUUUUUAUUUUGAAGGGGAAAGCUUGAUUGUUGGUGUGUAGUUUCCUUUUCAAAAAGAUGCUGCUUGUGUGGAAAAUGAACACGCAACAGGCUUUGAUAAAAAAGCGAUAAAAUCUCAAAUAUCACGAGAUCUUGUAGAAGGAAAGAGAAAAAAAAGGUUGCUAGAGAUGCCAGAUGAAGUGUGUGUAUUGAUUGCGCAAUGGAGCUUUCAGUAUUUUAAUCACCCACACUGGGAGAGCAGAGGAGACGGAAGUUGUUACAUCACAUCGCAGCCCACUGCUCUAUAUUUUUUAACUCAUUGUGCUUCUUUAACAUUUCUUUGCUCAAUAACAGAGUGAAGUGCUUCUUGGAAAAGGCUGACAUCAUGACUACGUCGCUUCCAAAAAAAAAAGAAAAAAAAAAGUUGUAGUCAUCUUAGCGGAUCAUGUUUUGAGUGUUCUGUAAACAAUAAUGUUAUUCUUAUUACUCAGUUCAGUAUUAGUUGAAGCUGUUGCAUAUUUGAUGAUAGCUCUCACUUACUGUAAGUGAAUACCCAUGAGAAAGGGUAGGAUUACGCUGUAGACAGCCAAAGCUCAAUGUUUUCUCACCACUGUAGCAAGGGCACUGUGAGGGCAGUUUAUAGCGAGCGGGUAUAACUGAAGUUAUACAGGAGUGAGUAAAAACAGAGGGUUGUUUUCAGAUACAGCCUCAGGACAGGUCUGCACAUCAUAUACCUCAGACUAAAAUAUAAACUGAAGGCACUUAAGUCCAACAAAAGAUCCAGUUGACGGCGCAAAAUUGCAGACACAGUUACUGAAAUAUCUAAAAUGUAGAUGCUGAAAUAAGAUUAUGAAAAAGAGGUUUAGUUUAAAGUGAAUUUUUUUCGAGCUGAGAAACAGCCAGUGAGGCAUUAUAGUGCAGGAUUUCACCUGAGCUAUAAGGUGUGAGGUUGUUGUUUUGUCAGGAGGUCUUGACAGUGACAAUAAAUGUGUCCUGAAAUGUCUAGAAACCGCCAUGUUGUGUUUCAGUGUGAUGAAGUGCUGUUGACAUCUGAGUCAAUAUGUUAGACCUGCUGCAGUGUGUUGCUGCAGGCGUAGACACCACUGAAAUUAAAAAAGUGUUCAGCGAAAAGCAAAUUGAUUUGUCAAAUAAAGGAUGUUUUUCUUUCUA